AUGUCCGUAAGCAUUGAAAUACCGAAUAGUGAACGACCGUUUGUCCCAGGCGAUGUAGUCGAAGGAACAGUCAAUAUAAACGCAGACCACCCUCUCAAGGCUAAAGCAGUACGAGUUUUCCUCAAAGCUGGAGCCGAAACGGAAUGGUGGGUGUCCGUCUAUGGAAUCGAUUCUGUACAUGGCAGAAGUGCGAAAGUUUUCUAUGCAGCUAAUCUUACCUAUGCGCAAGAGGAAAGCUGCCUUUGGGCCCCAGAAGAGAAUGAGAAGAAGGGUACAAUCCCAGCAGGAAUGCAUUCAUUCCCAUUCACAUUUACAUUACCCGAAGAUUGUCCGCCAAACUUUGAAGGUAGUUGCGGCUCCAUAACUUACACGAUAACAGCAGAAGUGGAACGUCCAUGGAAAGUAAACAAAACCGCUUCCGUCAGUCUAUCAGUUUGCCCCGUGUUCGACCUAAAUCUUAUACCCGAGGCAAGCAGCUCAUCAUCUGCUUUCAAAUUCAAGAAAACUGGUUUCGUGUUCCUUCGCCACGGAAAAUUAUGCGUGCAGAUGAAACUUGCUCGGUCCGGAUACACUGUGGGAGAAACGAUUGAAGCUUUGAUCGAAGUCAAUAAUGAUACUAAGCAGCCAGCAGUUAGGCUUGAUAUGCGGCUGCGCAGAGUGGACAAUUAUACAGCAUAUCGCCAUGGUAAGACGACGACAAAUAAUGAAAAUAGGUGUAACAAGCGUCAGGAGGAGACGACCAUUGCUGAUGAGAGCAAGUCCAUUAAUAUUGCACCACAUGAGGUUGGAAGCACAACUGUAUCGCUAACAAUUCCGGAAACAACGCCAACCAUCAAAACCUGCUCUAUUAUAGAGGUUACCUACUACGUGGAGGUGCGUGUUGUCUGCAAAGGAACUAUCAACAGCAGUGUCGCAUGCCGUUGUCCAGUGAUUAUUGGCACACUACCAUUGACAGAACCCACAGCAAGAGUCACUGAAACUUAG